CUCGCGGUCAUAGCAUAAUAAGAGACCCCGCGGCCCAGUCCCACUAUGUUAGCAUUCGAACCCGACCCCGGCUUUGGUUGCCCAUGCAGCUUAAAUAAAAUACAAAUUCGAAAACACGCGCAUGUAUCACAAUGAGUGGAAAACAGAAAUCGAGUGAAAGUGAGCCACAAAUUGUUUUCGAGGAUGUGUUGAACGCCGAAAUUGGACAAUUUGGAAAAUAUCAAAUAAUCAACUUGUUAUUAUUGGCAUUGCCGUCGAUGUCUUCGGCAUUUAUGGCGGCAGAUUAUAUAUUUACAGCCGCUCGGCUUCCUCAUCGAUGUGCCGUACCGGAGUGUGAUGGGUCACAGCCUAUUUAUGACCCUCCUUGGAUAGAAAAUGCUGUGCCCACUGAUUCAUCCGGAUUCGACGACUGCAGCAGAUACGCCAGUAUUGUGAACAUUACCGAGUCGACCGAGGACUAUUGUCCCGCGGAAUGGUUUGACAGAAACACUACAAUAUCAUGUGAAAGUUAUGUGUUUUUAAAAACUAAUUCUGUUGUGUACGAUUUUGACUUGGCAUGUAAAGAAUGGUUGCGUGCGUUAGCAGGAACUCUCAAUAGUCUCGGUGCCAUGAUUGCACUCCCCCUAGCAGGGUAUAUAUCAGAUCAUUUUGGGCGACGAGUUUCAAUAGCAUUUUUUGCGUUUAAUUUAGCGCUUACUGGAUUUAUACGCUCAUUCUCAGUUAACUAUACAAUGUACGUUACAUUUCAAUUUUUACAAACCGCUAUUGGCGGUGGAAUUUUUAGUGCAGCCUACAUUUUAGCUGCCGAAAUAGUGGGACCUAAAUUUCGUGUAUUAACCAGUGCAACUAUGUCUUCUCUCUUCGGUUUUGGGCAGGUACUUGUAGGAUUAGUAGCGUCGGCUAUUCCAGAAUGGCGACACUUUAGUUUAGCUAUGUCUACACCAGUUUUCCUUCUCGUGUCAUACUACUGGAUAGUCACAGAGAGCUAUCGCUGGUUGCUAAGUAAAAAUAAACAGGAAAAAGCUAGAGCUACUCUGGAAAGGGCAGCUAGAUUAAAUGGAAAGACAAUUUCUGACAAAGCUAUGGACUACUUGCUUACAGCUAUACCUAACCAAAUUGAAUCAAGUAAUAGAAAAGAUAAAGACGAAAAUUUAUUUUUCCGCGUUAUACAAUCGAAGGUAAUGUUACGUAGAUGUUGUACGACACCUAUUAUGUGGAUUACAACAACGUUUAUAUAUUAUGGUUUAUCCAUAAAUUCUGUUAGUUUAUCUGGUAAUAUGUACAUAAACUAUAUAGCAGUAGCCGCUAUAGAGAUACCUGGAUUUUGGACAGCUGUUUUAAUUUUAGAUAGAAUCGGUCGUAGGAUCACUAUAUUCGGAGGUUAUUUUCUAUGUGGACUUUGCUGUAUUGGAUUUGCUUUCACGCCGCGAGACAUGCGUGGUUUAUCAAUGUUUUUGUUUUUGUUUGGUAAAUAUUGCACAGGUCUUGUUUUCACUUCAUUGUAUCUUUACACUUCUGAACUAUAUCCGACAAGACAUCGGCAUUCGUUUUUAGGGUUUUCGUCUAUGGUCGGACGGGUUGGAUCAGUCCUAGCGCCAUUAACGCCCCCACUUGCUGUUUAUUGGGCUGGAAUACCAUCUAUGUUGUUUGGAACAAUGGCUAUUAUAGCUGCUAUAUUAGCGCUUACACAACCUGAAACCCUUGGAUUGAAUGUACCUGAUACUUUCGAAGAUGCGGAACGAUUAGGAAAACCUGACCAUUCUGUAACAGUUUUAUAAUAAAGUUUUGUUAUAAAUA